CGCCGUCACGUGGGGGCGCGCCCCGCCCCGCCCGCUGCAUGGCGGCGCCGUGAGGCGGCGGAGCCGCGGCCCGACCCGGCCCGGCGGGAUGCGGCGGCCGCCGGGCUGAGCUCCGGGCCGAGCGCCGGGCGGGCUGAGCGGGCCGAGCGCCGGGCGGGGAUGCGCGCUGCGCCGCGCCGCCAUGUCGCGGGUGAGCGGCCCCGGGCCGGCCGGCAGCGCCAAGGAGAAGCGCUCCUUCAGCAAGCGGCUUUUCCGCGGGAGGGCGGCGGGCGGCGGCGCGGGCUCGGCCCCGACCGCCAGCCCGGCCCCGGCGCCGUCCGGGCGGUCGCUCGGCGGGUUCAUGAGCCGCGUGCUGAAGACCCUCUCCACGCUCUCGCACUACAGCAGCGAGCCCGAGACCCGCGGCGCGCUCGCCCCGCGCCUGCCCCCGCCGCAGGCGACGGGCGGCCUGGGCAGCUGCUUCCCGCCGGGCCCGCCGCGCAGCCCCGAGCCCCCGCCGCGCCCCGCCGGCGCCUCCGAGGCCGUGCCCGGCGUGGCGGGGCUGCGCAACCACGGCAACACCUGCUUCAUGAACGCCAUCCUGCAGUGCCUCAGCAACACCGAGCUCUUCGCCGAGUUCCUGGCGCUGGAGCAGUUCCGCGGCGGGCCGCCCCCCGCCGACGGGCCGCCGCCCGCGCCCGGCGAGGUCACGGAGCAGCUGGCGCAGCUGGUGCGGGCGCUCUGGACGCUCGAGUACACCCCGCAGCACAGCCGCGACUUCAAGAACAUCGUGUCCAAGAACGCGAUGCAGUACCGCGGGAACGCCCAGCACGACGCCCAGGAGUUCCUGCUGUGGCUGCUCGACAGAGUCCACGAGGAUUUGAACAACGUGGUGAAUUCCGGUGGCGUGCCUCCGCUCAAGCCCCCGCUGGAGGAUGAUGUGCUGCUUGAGGGCCCAGCCUUUCCCAUCAGUAGCACUUUUGUGCAGGAACUCUUUCAAGCCCAGUACAGGUCCUCCCUGACGUGCCCUCAUUGCCAGAAGCAGAGCAACACCUUUGACCCUUUCCUGUGCAUCUCGCUGCCGAUCCCGCUGCCGCACACCCGGCCGCUGUACGUCACCGUGGUGUACCAGGGCAAGUGCUCGCACUGCAUGCGCAUCGGCGUGGCCGUGCCCAUCUCCGGCACGGUGGCCAGGCUGCGGGAGGCUGUCUCCUCGGAAACCAAGAUACCCACGGAGCAGAUCGUGCUGACAGAGAUGUACUACGAUGGGUUCCAUCGCUCCUUCUGCGACACCGAUGACCUGGACACCAUCCACGAGAGCGACUGCAUUUUUGCCUUUGAGACCCCAGAGAUCUUCAGGCCUGAGGGCAUCCUCAGUCAGAGAGGAAUACAUGUGAACAAUAACCUGAAUAACUUGAAAUGUGGCACUGAGCACUCCCGAACAAUUGCUUACUCUCAAGGAACGGUGAAGUCUGGAAAACUGGAACAGUCCUGUCCCAAACUAGCAGCAAAUGACAAGAUUGUCUUGCUGGUGUGUAACAGAGCGUGCACUGGACAGCAGAGCAAAAGGUUUGGCUUGCCCUUUGUGUUGCACUUGGAAAAAACAAUUGCUUGGGAUAUUCUGCAGAAGGAAAUACUGGAGAAGAUGCAGUAUUUCCUGCGGCCUGCAGCCUGCUUGCAGGUUUGCCCAUUCAGCUUGCGAGUGGUCAGUGUUGUGGGCAUAACAUACUUGCUACCUCAGGAGGAGCGACCCCUCUGCCACCCUACAGUGGAAAGGGCAUUGAAGUCAUGCGGACAGGGGGGAACUGCUCAUGUGAAAUUAGUGGUAGAAUGGGACAAAGAAACUAAAGAUUACUUGUUUGUGAAUACAGAAGAGGAAUAUAUUCCAGACUCUGAAAGCGUCCGCCAGCAGAGAGAGCUUCAUCAUCAACCUCAGAUCUGCACUUUAUCUCAGUGUUUCCAACUGUACACCAAAGAGGAACAGCUUGCCCCAGAUGAUGCAUGGCGAUGCCCACACUGUAAGCAGCUGCAGCAGGGUAGCAUCACACUGAGCCUCUGGACCUUACCCGAUGUUCUCAUCAUACAUCUCAAAAGGUUUAGACAGGAAGGAGACCGAAGGAUGAAACUUCAGAACAUGGUUAAAUUUCCCUUGAGUGGCUUGGACAUGACUCCUCACGUCGUGAAACGCAGCCAGAGCAGCUGGAGCUUGCCAUCACACUGGUCACCUUGGAGGAAACCUUAUGGCCUCGGCAGAGAUCCUGAGGACUACAUCUAUGACCUGUAUGCUGUCUGCAACCACCAUGGCACCAUGCAAGGGGGGCACUAUACAGCAUAUUGCAAGAAUUCUGUUGAUGGCCAGUGGUACUGCUUCGAUGACAGUGAAGUGCAGCAGCUUUCUGAGAGUGAAGUCUGCAAGCAGACUGCUUACAUCCUGUUCUACCAGCGACGCACGGCGAUCCCCUCGUGGUCUGCCAACAGCUCGGUGGCAGGCUCCACGAGCUCGUCGCUGUGCGAGCACUGGGUCAGCCGGCUCCCGGGCAGCAAGCAGCCCAGCGUCGCCUCGGCCGCCUCCUCGCGCCGCACCUCGCUCGCCUCGCUCUCCGAGUCCGUGGAGCUCACCGGGGAACGCAGUGAAGAUGACGGAGGAUUUUCAACUCGACCGUUUGUAAGGAGUGUCCAACGGCAGAGCUUGUCAUCCAGAUCCUCUGUCACCAGCCCACUGGCAGUGAGUGAAAAUGGUGUCAGGCCCUCGUGGUCACUCUCUGCAAAACUGCAGUUCCGCUCCAACUCCCCAUCACGCUUCUCUGGAGACUCCCCAGUACAUACCUCUGCUUCCACUCUGGAGAAGAUUGGGGAAGCUGCUGACGAUAAAGUUUCCACCUCGUGCUUUGGCAGCCUGAGGAAUCUCUCUAGCAGCUACCUGGAGCCCUGUGACAGCAGUCGGCGAGAGCACAGGACAGCUCGCAGAGCCCCUCUGGCUGUCAUGGAAGGGGCGUUCAGGGAAGAGUCCGUUGUAAGGACAUCGAGCUCAGACCUUUCAGAUGGGUAUGGUAAAAGCUCUGUGCAGCCAGACAGGAAUCACCCUGCUCUGGACCCUUUUGAUAACAACAAUCAAAUCGCCUUUGUUGACCAGAGUGAUUCUGUGGACAGCUCCCCAGUGAAGGAGGUGAAAGCCCCAGCUGGCACGGGGCUGGCUGCAGAGAAGGCACAUGACACCCCUAAGAAGGGUCACAGCUCCAAAGGAGCUCCUGAGCCAGACAAAAGUUUGAGGAAGGGAAGGACAGUCUUAGCUACCCAGGAGACUAAAGUCUCUCACUCUUCUCCUCCACUGAAGAGUUCUCAGAAGGCUUCCCGGUCUAGAAGUAAGACAGACUCCUCCAGGGCCAGCGGGCGACACGGGUCUCCUGCUCCCACGCAGGCUAGGAAGGACCACAGCACAAAGCCCCUGGAGGCAUCUGUCCCUUCAGCUCCACAGAAGCAGAAGUCAGGUUCUUCUCCAUCCUCCACGGCUGCCAAGAGAACCCCAUCAGGCUCAUUGACUAAGGGCUCUUCCUCCGGGAAGAGCCGGACUUCGGAGCGCAGCCUCAGCAGGGAGGGCUCCAAGGUCAGCCUGGGCUCGGAUAAAACGAGCGUGACCAGCAGCUCCAGGACGAGCUCCCCGCGGAUCAGCCACUCCAGGAGUGACAGCAGGGCCGUGGACAGCAAGCACGUGCGCAGCUCCUCCAUGGCCAACCUGCGCUCCCCGAACGUGGGCGCGCGGUCUGGCUUGAAGAGGGACAGCAAGUCAGAAGAGAAGGGUUUGUCUUUCUUUAAAUCAGCCUUAAGGCAGAAGGAGACGCGGAGGUCGGCAGACCUGGGGAAGACAACAAUGCUUUCAAAAAAGACAGGGAGUGUCAGUUCCAAGUCAGGCGGUAAAAAUGUGCUGGAGGACAAACCAGAGAAAGGCGGUGUCCCACCAGCCUCUCAAACCAAUGCCAACAUUACUACAAAAGAAAAACUUGUCUCAAAAGAUGCCACAUCUAACAAACAUUCUCUGCUAUCCAGUCGCAAGUCCAAGUCUUCCCAGCUAGAUCCCGGAGUCCAGUCUCCUCCUUCCAGUGGCAAGCAGUCUGCUGACAAGCCGCUGAAAAAAUUACCUUCCAGCAUGCAGGUGUCUGUACGGCCUUCUCUGGAACCUCAGUGAAAUGCUGCAAUCCAGGUGUCUUUUCUUCUGCUGAGAAGCUAAUUUAUUCUGAGCUCUUGUUUUUUGUUCAUGUGCCUAAUGUAUGUUUUGAGGAGAAGUUAACUGCAAGUUGUUAAAGCGCCUUUGAUUCUGCCAUCAAACCAAAUAGCCACAGGCAGCCAGCACUGGUGCAAGUAGCCUAGCUGGAGUCAUUGUUGAACAUGAAUGCAGCUGUCCCAUAGCACUUGUACAGGAGUCUCUGUCGAAAGUGCAACAACUUUCUUCAGAUUUGAGGGCUGGGACCUGACCCCCAGUUGUACUGACACUGGUGUGCUUUGUAGAGCUGUGAACUGCUAUUCCUUUGGUCUUGUUCUGGGUGGGAUGUGUCCACGCUGGUGUAUGGCCUUGUUCUGAGCUGUGGAGGAUGCGAAGGAAACUGGAGAGACUGUCGCUUCUUUCUGCUCUCAACUCUCUGUCCCUGCUCCCCUCCAUUUCCAAGCUUUCUAAAGGGCAAUAUUUCAACACUAAUGUUGUUUCUCAGGUAUAUACUCAGCCAGUAUAGGAGGGACUAGCAUUAGUGACGGACAGAAAGGUACCUGUGUGUCUCUGUGCACGUCUGUGUAAUAGAUUUCAUUUUUGCAUUCCAACAGCAGGAAGUUUGAAAUGUAACCUGCAGUUUUUGUUGCUGUGUCUGUGAAGAGUUUUGCUUUGUCCAUACCUAAGGCAACCUCUAGCCUGUCCUGUUUCACUACUUUCUUCUGAAAUGCUCUGCUGAACAACAGAAGAAAUCCCUGGGCAGCAGCUGCUGGCCAGCUCGUCCUGUGGAAGCAGUGCCAUGGGAGAGUUACGUCCACACACCUGGAUGGCCAUGGUCAGGAUGCCCCUGUUCAAACUCCUGGGAUGCAUUUCCUAAUGUGCUCAGACCCUUAUCACAGUGGUGUAAUUAAGCCUCCAUUAUCUCUAGGGGUGAUGUUUAGAUCAAGUGUCAUCCUGCCCUCUCUGAGCAUGCUUUGACAGGCCCCUUUGUGUGGGUUGGAGGGGCAGUUUUCCUGUUCCCCAGAGUGCUGUCCACUCUUCCCUCUGGCAUGCUCGUCCCCUCCCCAUGGGUCUGGCUGCCACAUGUCCCUCCGUGGAAGGUUCCCCUUCUUGUUUGGACGACAGCCUCCAUCAGGGUCAAAACACUACAUCUGCUGAUGUCUUUGUUUACAUGCCCUUCUUACAGGGGAGAUUCCUCAAGUUCUGCAAGGUUCCUCUUAAGGUGGAUUUCUUAAGUCCUUUUACAUCUAUGUGGUGUAAUCUGUUUUUUUUUUUAAUUCCAUGAGUUUUUAUUGAUGUGCUGCAUAUCCUUUGUGUCCACAGCCUAUCAUGUAGGUUGUGACAAGCUGGGCAGUGUGCUGGGCACACUCUCUGCUGAGCAAGGUCUGUGCUCUGCCAUGGCAGAGCCUGGGGCCAGGGACACGUGUGCUCUGUCCCAUCAGCAUCACAAACUGGCCUCUGCCACCUCCCUUGCUGAGGCCCUGCUUGCCCUGCAGGCAGCCUUGUCCCCAGGACACCUUGCUGCUCUGUGAUCAGUUUUCUGCCCACCAUGCACCUGCAGCAAGCCUGGGAGGGAAGGGUGGGGGUCGCUGGCUCCUGGUGUGCGUGGGGCUGGGCUGGGAGUGCCAUCGAGCUGGGCUCAGUGUGUGGGGAUGAGCCCACCUGCCUUGGAGCCCUUGCAGUGUCCUGGUGAGGUCCUGCUGCGUCCCCUUCACGUGCUCCAGCAGUGCCCACAGCCUGCCCUGCCUGUUCCAACCCAGACGGGACUGUCCCCUCGGUGCAGUCCUUUGCCUGGGCAUUGUUUCAGUCUCAUUUAUUGCAGCAACAAGAAGCAAAGAUUGCAUUGCUUGCUUCUGAAAUGUACGACUUGGAUUAUUCUUGGAUUAUUUUCUGUUAUAUCCAGCAGAGCAGAUAAGACUUGCUUCACAUUGCAGUACUUAAAUUACUCCCUGAAAUGUUGAUGUUGAAGUAUUUGUUUAAGGUUUUAUCUGUAUUAAGGUCUUACACUGUCUUGGCUCUUCUCUUGUAACAACUCUUCUAGCAAGAAUGUAAUUCCAGUGGCUUACACUGACUCGGUUUGGGAUCUUCUAAUAGACAGAACUACUUUCUCUGCAUUUUGCCAUGGACAUUUGUGAAAGGUUAUUUUUUCCAAAUGACUUUUUUUUUUCAUGUCAUCAUUCACUGAAAGGGUUUAAACUGGAAGCUGGUGUGUGGGUUUUGAGGUGCUUUUGCUCCUGUGCUGCAUGCCUGACUGAAGGGAAUUUGAAGCCAUGCCCAAACCCAUGUUUUAGCUGAACACCAGUUCAGCGUUUGUAUCUGUAGCAAGAUAAUGGUCCUUGGAGCUCUCAUUUGGGUAAAGGGAGAUGGAGGUCCUGGUAUUCCAGCAGCUGAUAAAAGUAAUUGAACCUCUGCAAUCCCAUGAGAUGCCAAUCUCACUCUCUUUCUGCACAUUCUCCAUAAUUCCUGAUGCUAAUUGCUGCCAGCUCCAGCACGAUCUGCUCUCUUUGUGCAGCCAGACUGGAUUUCUGUCCCUCUGGAAGGGCAGCUCUGUGCACGGGCUCCUUGCUCUGCAGAGGAGUGUGAGGAGGCAGGAGGGGCUGCCUGGCAGUACCCUCGUCUCUGAGCGGGCGGGUGCUGCUCUCUCUGCUGGGUGUUCUGCUCAGAGGGCUUGGCUUGGGUGUCCUCAGGCAGAGUGGUUUGACUUACCAGGGUGCACCAGAGCUCGUGUGGGACAUGAGACACACCCUGGGCAAAACGUGGAAGCGUGAGCCUGUGGGGAGCGCGGUCCCUGCUCGUGCCUGUGCCUGUGCCAGGGCCCCUGGCAGCAGCCACUCCUGCGCCCCACACCUCUGCUUGUCGGUGUCACACGUCUUCAGGAGCAAAUGAGCUUCCUUGCACAGAGAGGGUUGAGGGGUCUGGGAAGCGCCGUUCACUGGGAGCGUUAAUCAAAGCCUUGUUGCUGUUACAGCCCUGCCUCCAUCAGUGAAGUAGGACAAAUGUUUCUGAAAUGGAAUGUAGGUUAUUACAGGCCCUACUUAAAGGGAUUUAGGGAAAAAUCAUCAGUCUUCUCUCCUUGCUUUAAAGCAGACUUCUCUCUUGUCCCUUUCAUGUGUAGGAACUGCUGUCCAUGGUAUUGUGCUGUCCAGCUGCCAGGAUGUGGCAUGGUACCAGGGAGCACUCGAGAGAGGGAUCUGCCAAGUCCUAGAUGCCAGCACCACCGUGGCUUUGCAUAUGGAUCCUUCAAGCAGCAGCGGCUUGAGGCUAUUCGGAGCAGCUGCAUGUACAUGGUCAUGUCUGAAAGUUCCUGUUGGCCAGCAGAAGCACUCAUGGCUGUGGGGGACGUGGGCUCUGCCAUCUCCCAGAGGCUGCUGCUGCCCAGGAACCUCUGCCUCCCCUGGGUGGUGGCAUGUAGGGCCUGGAAGUCCCAUGGGCAUCCGAGUGCGAUGGGAGCAGCUGCUGCCAGCUCUGUCCCGCCCAGCCUGUCUGGGGAUGGUGGGGUCUGGGACCUUCCUGCCAAGGUCUUGGAAGCAAAGGUAUGCCUCACAGUGAUGGGAAGUGCUGGGAAGGGGGAGGCCCAGCCGUGUCCCUGCUCCCAGACAGGUGAGCUCCAAGGCAAAGUUCAGGCAGGGUGGUUCCAGCUGGCUUUGGGUUGGAGUCGCCUGUGCCAGCGUGUGACUUGCAUUUCACCCCACGGCCCCAGUCUGCCACUGCUCCUGCUCCUGGAAUUGGCCCCCUGGGCGCAGGAGAGCAGCGCCUUCAUUCCAGUGCUCAAUUCCUGCAGGAGUCACCUAGAGACUUUUUUUUACCCUUUUUGGGCUGUGUCUUUUGGACAGUGUUUAGUAGUAUUCAAGUUAUAAGCACAUUUUCAAUGACGUGUAUUGAAGAGGCACCUUUUAUUUGUAUUAAUCACAUUUGAUAGACAAUUUGGUGCCUGCAGUUCUCUGUAACUUGUGUCUCACUUUGGGUGUGUAAAUUGUUAACCCUUUCACACUUAUCAAAUAUGGAUUAAUAAAAACAAGAUGCUUAGGAUAGAAAGCUAGCAGCUUAAUUGCACUUCUCCCACUGCAAGUGCCCUCAUCUGCUGUCGCUGCAGGGGUUUUGCUUUCUGAAGCUGAAACUUGAGCAUGCCCAACCAUUUUCCUCGGUGUGAGGCAGCUUGCAUGGCCGUGCUGUCCCCCUGCAUGUCCCUACUAACUAUGCAAGCCUCUAGCCCGGCCGUGGCUCCGGAGCCUGCGCUGUGCCUGGUGCAGCUGCUGCUGGCACACAGGAGCAUGUCCCUGGGUUCCUGCUUCCUUUGCACAUCUUCGGCUCUUUCCUUUGCAGGAUUCUGCGUUACUGACAAGGCUGGAGCGUAACGUAAGGUUAGAGGGAUUGGAGCAGGGAGAUGAGAACAAACUGAUUUCUAUUUUGUGUUGUUUUUCCUUUUGUUGGCAGGGCAGCCUGCUGGGGUUCUGUGUGUGGCUGCCGUUGCAUGCAGCGUGAGGGCUGUGAGCAGGGCGGGCGGGGGCACACAGAGCUGCUGUGAGCGUCCCUGCGAGGGGAGCGGGUCCCUGCUGGCCUCCUGCUGCCCAGACUGCUCCUGGGCUUUGCCUGCCUUUCUGGGGACCCCCGGGCUGCCUGUCCGUGCUGCUGUGGGGCUGGGGCUGAGCCGUGUCCUGCUGGGCAGCCCUGUGUGCCCCGUGGCUGGCGAGGCUGCCCUGGCCUUCCUGCUCGCCCCAGGACGCCUCCUGGUUCUGGGCCCUGCAGCUCUGGUGCCCUCCCCUUGGCAUGGACAGGGUGUGGAGGCAACAUUCCAAAUAAUUUCACUGUUGGGUGUUGUUUGUUUGUUGUUGUUUUUUUUUUUUUUUUUUGGUUUUUUUUAGUUUGGUUUGGGUUUUUUUAAUCUUUGUCGUUUGCCUACUAAUCCAAAAGAAUUUGGCAGCAUCUAAUGAUACCUGUGGAGGGAACUGAAAUUUAGUUUUAAUCUGUGGUGAGAUGAAAGUCCUACGUGGUUUUCUCAACAAAAGCAUCGUAAAGCAGUUACUGAUAAGAGCUUUAUUUUGUAAAAGAAAAGCACCUGAAGACUUGUACAAUGUCUGUGUUAGAUCUAAAGGCUUAGGGACUAUUUUUUAAAAGGUGAUAGCACUCAAUUUAUCCGCAAAUAGUGUUUUUUAAAAGACACAGAUUAAAACUAAGUGUAACCACCAGUCCCGGCUCACUCAGCCCUGCAGCGCAGCCGUGCUGGCCUCAGGCUCGUGUGCCAUGUGUGAGUGCAAUAACCCCUCUGGAGGUGCUACACUGCCUUGGGUAGGGUAACACAAGGGAAUCCAGGCCACCGGAGGCUCUGCUAUUGUCCUGUGGCCUUCCAGGUAAGAAUUUGUACAGAUCUGCUCACCACCUGUGCCUCACCAUUGGUUAAAAUUGAAUUUUAAGUCCUGUUGCAAAUGCAAUUUCUCUUCUGGACACAAUGUCAGAUUUUACACUGGAAUAUCUACGGUUCUCAAACUGCAUGUCACAUCACUGUACCUGGUACAGGGACGUGGGGCUUUCCCACACCUUUGAUAUUCUCCUCUGUAUUUUAAUGUUUUUGACCUGUACAGUAAUUGGAAAGCAGGCUGUCUACUUGGGGUUGAACAUUGUACCAUAAAUUUUAAAUUAUUUGAGGACAACUGCAUGAGACUGUGUCAAUGCCUUUUAUUAUUUAUUUGUAUGUUUUAUUAUUCGAGGUGUAUGCACUUUUAAUAUGCAGAAUUUAUAUUUUUAUGUUAAAAAUAAUUUUCUUUCAGAAAGAAGAGUUUGAAUAUGAGGAAUUGGAAUUAAGUGCAAAAAGGGGAAUAUGUAAUAAAAUACAAUAAAUUUAUUACUAGGCA